CUCUUCCGGUGCAGGUUCCCUGUAACACCUGCCUAACACGGAAAUACCCCAUUUGUAACUCACAUUGGUCUUCUGUGCUUGGACCGGAUUAACACAUCUUCUAAACUUGCAGAAUCUGAUAUAGUUGGCCGGAGGCAAAGUCUAAAAGGUUAAAAAGUCAAGACCUGCUCAAGCCCCCUCUUCAACAACUACAUACUUACGUCCCGUUCCGCAAGUCCACCUUAUGUCGGAGGUUGGUCGUCACUAAGCAAGAAAAGAGAUUGACCACUCUACACAUAAUGUCGUCUCAAGAUCGACUCGGCGAUGUCGCAGUCGAAGUCAAUGUACCCAGAGUAAAGAAACGGUCCACUGCUGCUUCAUCGAGUCAAAAUGGACAGCAGAGCCAAGCAUUCUUCUUUGUUGACCCAGCUUCUUCUACUCGGGAGAAGCGUGCACAUGUGAUGCGCCACCACAUUCAGACAAAGAGGAAACAAAAUAUGCUGGCAAAUCAUGCGGACCGGCACUCUCGACGCGAGCCUCGAGUCUAUCCAUGGAUGAAGAAGUCGAGUGACAAUGGCGGUGCAAAUGCUGGCUCAAAGCCCUUACGUGGUGUAGUCCCAAUGAAAUCCACAGUCUACAAACCCGACGAGAGUAGCAACGCUGUCGUUCAUCAUUUAAAUUCAUUAGCUGCGCUCCGAAAGGAUCCCUUUGCAACGCUGGCAUUUGAUACAAGCGUGCCGUGGGCCGAAGAACAUUUGGUCGACAUGUGGACCUCUCGACUGACAUAUUGGUCUGGUCAGAAUAUUCACAUGAAAAACAGAAUAUUUCAAGAAGCGAUGCGCAAUCGGACGACCUUUGAGGCAGUGGUCUUGGGCUACUGUGCUCGAUGGGAAUCCACUCUAACUCCGCCGGAUCCGGACGGUUCCAAGGAUAGUUCAAGGGUUCAGUUCUACGAAUCUCGGGUUCGACAGGCGAUUGCCUCUAAGCAGGCAUACCGCAGUAGUCCUGUUUUCGACGAGCAGGCUCUUUCCCUGACGUUGACUGGACUAGCACUUCAAGAGGAAAGGUUUGGUGACAAGGAUAAGGCGCGCGAAUAUGCUGAACAAGCCAAAGCAUUACAACUCUACCGGCAUUCUCAGUCUGUAAAUGCAGCCAACUCUGUCCGGCCAUUUCUUCUAUAUGUUCUUGGCACGAUGGAUCCCUGCUCGUUGACGGUCGAGAUGGAUGAGAUAGCCCACCUGGUAGAUUUUCUACAUAUGGCACAUCGAUCACUGGCGGCAGACAAUGAUGAAAACUACUUGAUAGAAGUGCCUCAACGGUCGGCAGCAUUUCAAUUCGAUAGUCCUCUAUUCCAACUUUUGUCGGCGGGGCCGCGACCCAGUCAAGUUCCUAUCGAGAAUCGAUCCUUUGUGGUAAACAAGAACAAACCAACCACCGAGUGGGCUCGCACUGCAGCGCUUAUCUACAUCGUGAUGGCGCUAUCUGAAUUUGGACAAGAAAAGAGCAAAGUGGUACGGUUCCUCGACCAUUUGCUUCAACUUGUGGCAGAUUACGGCUUGGAUCGCAACCCGGCGUGCGAAUCGUUCAUGUAUUUCCUGAUGGAGGAGACGUUUGACUCGGAUUUGAGGCAACCGGACCGAGUCUGGCGAGCGAACGAUUUGCUGCAGAUUCAGAAGAGACUUCCAUUCGAGUCGCAGUUCCGGUUUAAUGAGAUGCUUCUGGGGUACCUAAUGUUGAUGCCUCCGGUUACGACGGUGGAGGCUUUUGAGAAGGACUUACUAGAUACCAAAAUCCGCUAGAAGAGUUAUGCCUCUCGGCCGAUAAUCUGCCGAAGACGACUUACCCAGGACCUCGACUACGCAUCUUUCAAAGGGUUAGAAUAUCUUCAACCGAAAUGACGCUAUUGAACGAUUGAGCUCGCGCACCUGAAGGCUCGAAAGCAUAACACCGAGUUCGCGUCUACAUCCGACCAGAGAUAAUUUCCAUCUACUUAUCCAGUCGGCAUCUCGCUUCUAGUCACCGUCACACCGUGUUGCUAGAAAGCUAAAACAUUGCCGCGAUUCCCGCAAUCCGGAAUCCAGCCAUGCGGUCAGUGGACACUGCUCACAGUACAGUGGAUGGAUGUACAUAAAGCUAUGGCUAUCCAAUAGCAGGUCGUGAACAAAUUGCCGGAUGUAGUUAGCAUCGUCAAAUAUGGUACGCACGUAAGCUACAGAUGUCAAAUCCCGAUAGCGAUCUAGUCUAUUAUCAUACAUUUUCCCCGUUAGCUAGGCUCAUAUCAAACAAGCAAACACUAUACUGCAUAC